UUAUUAGUUUCUCUUAAUUAUGUCAACAUCAACAACAAAAUAAAACUUCUUUUGGUUGAGCCAAGGAAAGGAAACCACAAACUCUCUCUGGACAUUCUUUUGUUUCCUCAAACAAUUCAAACAACCAAUCAUCAAUGUCGGAAGCUUCAAAACAGAGGUAUGCAGUAGUAACAGGGGCAAAUAAGGGGAUUGGAUUGGAAACUGUGAAGCAGUUGGCCUCCAAUGGAAUCACUGUGGUUUUAACUGCCAGAGAUGAAAAAAGGGGUCUUGAAGCUGUUGAGAAAUUGAAAGAGUUUGACCUCUCUGGUCAAGUGCUUUUUCAUCAACUUGAUGUUACUGACCCCGCUAGUACUGCUUCAUUGGCGCAUUUCAUCAAGACCCAGUUUGGGAAACUUGAUAUCUUGGUGAACAAUGCAGGGGUUGGUGGAGUGGAAAUAGAUGUUGAUGCGUUUUUAGCAUCAUCCAAAGAAAAUGCUGGAGAAGCUCAAUGGAGUAAAACAAUGACUCAAACUUACGAGUUGGCGGAAGAAUGCUUGCAAAUAAACUAUUAUGGUGCUAAAAGGACAGCUGAAGCACUUAUUCCUCUCCUCCAGUUUUCUGAUUCUCCAAGAAUUGUUAAUGUUUCCUCUUCCAUGGGCCAGUUGCAGCACAUAAAAAAUGAUGAGUUAAAAGGAGUAUUUAGUGAUGUUGAAAGCCUUACAGAGGAGAGAUUAGAUGAAAUUUUAGCAGAGUUUCUAAAAGAUUUCAAGGAGGGUUCACUAGAAGGCAAAAAAUGGCCGGCUUUUAUGUCUGCCUAUAGACUCUCAAAAGCAGCCAUGAAUGCCUAUACACGGAUUUUGGCAAAGAAGUAUCUCAGCUUCCGAAUCAACUGUGUCUGCCCAGGCUAUGUUAAGACUGACAUAAACUUCAAUUCCGGAAUCUUGCCCGUGGAAGAAGGCGCUGCGAGUCCAGUGAAGCUAGCCUUGCUGCCAAAUGAUGGUCCUUCUGGCCUCUUCUUUCUUCAGAAGGAAGUGGCAUCAUUUUGAUCUUUGGAGUCCAUUCUUAAACACAUGAUCUUGUUUGUGGAAGAGGGAUUUUAUGAUGUUGUUUUAGGCAGUGCUCUGAAUUCACUAUGUUACAAAGCAUUUACAAAACUUAUUGUUACUACAGCACUACUGUCACCCAACGACAAGUCGUCUGUCUUCGGGGAACUACAAAGCAUUAAUCAUGGACUUUUUGUAAUUUAAUAAAACCUUUUAGAGGUUGUAUUUUCAUGAAAUUGAAAUUGAAAUUCAUUAGCCAAAAUUAAUGGUA